AGAAUAUAGACAUAAAAAUGUUUUUAGCCACGUAGUCAUUAAAUAAAAUCUGUCACAAACUAUAAUAUUUGACAGUUGUCUGUAGUCUAUGAUCAAAAAAUGACAGAUCAUCAAACCACGGGAUUGGGGAUGUGAUUUAUUUAUUUUUAUAAUUUUCUGUGUGAAAACGCUGGGUAUUUGUUCAAAUUUAACAGUGUCAGAGCGAUGGCCGAGACGAGUGAAGCGCGAGCAAGCGCAUCGGCGCCGGGCGGUGACGCUGGUGGGGAAGACGACAAACACGAUGAGCGUAUGUUGGAGUGCAACAUCUGCUUGGACACGGCCCGCGACGCCGUCGUCAGCAUGUGUGGCCACCUGUUUUGUUGGCCAUGUUUGCACCAGUGGCUAGAGACACGUCCCAGCCGGCAGGUGUGCCCAGUGUGCAAAGCAGCCAUUAGUAGAGACAAAGUUAUCCCGCUGUAUGGCAGGGGCAACACUAAACAGGAGGACCCUAGGAAUAAGGUACCACCGAGGCCAGCGGGACAGCGUACAGAACCCGAGAAUACUAGCGGCUUCCCUGGCUUCGGGUUUGGCGAGGGCUUCCACAUGUCUUUUGGCAUAGGCGCCUUUCCGUUUGGAGUGUUUACAUCCACAUUCAACUUCGGAGAUCCAAGACCCAGUGCCGCACCCCGUGGCACUGCCCAGUACGAUGAGGAGCAGUUCUUAUCGAAGAUAUUUCUGUGGGUGGCCAUCUUAUUUGUGUUGUGGCUGAUCUUCGCAUGACCGCCGGAAAUGAGUCCGCCGCCCACGGGCCGCGUCCUGCAUCCUCACUGACUUGCCUUUGACAUCAGUGUGCGCUUCGGUAUGUUUACACUUUGGUCGCGAUCUUAACCAAAUUCUCCCCAUUUCCUUUAAUAGUUUUUAAAAUAAAUUGCUGGUGGACUAUUUACCUCCUGGAAAGGUACAAGUGUAUAAAAAUUAAAAUGUUGUGAAAAGGGUUGGGGUAUAGUAUGUAUGACGUGUACGCGUUAACUUGCAACUUUAGUGAUGCAAUGUGAUAUCAGUUUUAUUAGUCUAUUUUUAUAUUUCAUCAUCAUGUCAACCAAAAGACGUCUCUGGGGAACAUAGGCCUUCCUCAAUGACAUUAUUUACUCUUUUUUUUUAUAAUAAGGACGAUAUAAUUCGUAAAAGACCGCAUUCACGCUGGGCCAUGUUAUCGCGCACAGGUUGUAGGUAUGUUACAGUUGAGAUAUACUCUAACAACGUGCUACGAGUUUAUUGUCCAAUGUAGUAUGUCCGUGAAAAUACUAUUGCAAAAGUUACUACUACGUUAAAAUAGAAAAAUGGUUGUUACACAAAUGUAGGUUCUGCAUUAUACAUGAAAAUCUUUUAAUACGAAUGGUUUGAUGUCUCGAUACAAAACUCACAAGUGUUGAUUUUCUGUUUCAUCGGCUAAACUUUCAAGUUACAAUAAUAGCAAGAUAAACAACAUGUAACUUAAAUAACGCACAUCCUGAAAAUAGUUUGUUCAGAAUCGUUAACUGAAUCGAUUUAUAUAAUUUUUAGUAUAGGUAAUUUUUUAUCCCAAAAAUAAUUAAAACUACGGAAAUUAUUGUCAUAUUAACCCUGUAUUGUUAAAACAAAUCGAAAUGGACCGUAAUUCAAAGCAAUAAGACUUUUAAAAUCGCAGUUUUAUUUGUAUUCAUACAAAUUCUAUCAUUCAACACAAAAUAAAGAAAAAUAAACCUUAUGACAAGACUAGUAAGGAUGCAUAUACAUGUUAAAGUAAAAAUGUAGUGUAUGUAUUAUGAUUAUAACAAUAUUCUAAUUGGGGUGUUUGAGGGUGUGCGUUAACUACGUUACAUGUUGUAUUAUACUAUCUGCUACUGAACUAGAUAUCGCCUCUACUAGAUCUCUUUUACUUUGAUGAAACCUAUAGUUUAGCUGGAGUAGAAUAUAGUCAAGCCCAAUGCUCCAUAUGUAUAGUGCAUAAAGCCUUAUACAGCACUUUAUCAUAGUCUAGAUAGUGGAACCUAAAUGGGACUAAGGAAUAUUGUUGAGUUGCUUAAAUUAUCAAAUGUUGGAAUGUUCCUAAUAAACUAUAUAGUUUUAAACACUGGUUUAAAGUACUUUCCUUAAAACAAUCAAUUUAACAAAAUCAACAUUUAUGUGAGUUGAUUUUACUACGUUUUUUGUGUUCUUAAAACUUAUUUAAUUAGGAGAAAGAUAUUUUUUUCUUGUUAGGUUUCCUGUAAAAAGGGAAGUUACUAUGAGACAUGAAAUAACUAUUCUUGUAAUAACUCUAGUUUUACUAGAUUUUGGUACUCAUUCAGACGUCGUAGUUGUAAUGGAUGGGUCAUACCUAUGGUACAAGGGAAUAAGAUUUUUCACCUCUAUUUUCCACUUCAUUAGAUAAAUUGUCUAAACCAAAAACAGUGAGUACCAUGUAACAUAAAAAAUUUGAAGUGAAUAAGUGUAAACAUAUCGCGUCCACACUAUACCUGCUACACUGCCCGCUAAGUCGCGCGUCGCUCGCCACGACUAGUAGUCCCCUCGCCAGCCCACUACUGGUGAGCGCUGCUGGUUGCUAGUUGUACUGCCGAGCUACCUGCAGCUGCUUCUAUACUCUUACCGCACUAAUUAUGACUAUUGAUUAACUUGAUGAACUUAAACAACGAUUUUUAUAUCGUACAUUUGAACAAUUACCAAGUUAUUUAUAUUAUGUAACAAGUUAAUCACAAAAUUAUUGUUGGCUAACCACACGGUAGGAACAGACCACAACCAAUGAUUUCCUUCGAAAACCACACUGGCUAAAGUUAGUUAGUACUCAUUUAAUUUAUUAAAAUCGAGUCGUUAUAGCGACUUUAUGUGCACUUAUAUCAAUAAUUACUUAAAUUAUGUCGAUAUACCACUCGACAUUUAAAUCACAUUUAUUGAAGUUAUUAUAAUGUAUUAUAGAUGGAGAAAAAAUUGUGUUUAACAUUCAGUAAUAAGAUGUCCUAUUUUACUACAUGAAGACUACAAUAAAGAUAUAAUGUUAGGCAAUGAUGAUAGUAUCUAAAAUCGAGCAUUAUGCUUCGUCGAUGUCCAAGACAUGCGGUUGGCAGAUUGUCUAAUUUUUUAUAGUAAUAGUGAGUGCUAUGUAAGCUACUUUGUAUAUAAACCCAUGUUAAUGUUACAGGGGCCUUCAUCUUUACUCGUUUCGCGAUUAGGUUACUAAGGCUAGUCUCGCAAUAUUCAGUGCUGUAUGCUCGUGUACAAAGUACGCAGAUGCUCUGGGACUGCCUGCACGCAACGAAACGCCCUAGGAGCUCGACUCCAAGGUUGUUCCUUCGACAACUCCUUGUGAAAUAUUGUCACAACAAAGCUUUAAGGCCCUCAUCACACACUACCGUUACCUAAUACCCGGCGAUAGUGUAUAACUAUGUACGCUUUUUACACGUGUUGACGUACUUUGGCCGCCAGGUACCAGGUACCCGGAGCAUGUGAACAGGCACUAAGGAGCAGUGAAACGUGUUGCACAAGUUUGCCUUAGACACCCGUAACAUUUACCAUCUGUGUAUUUUGUAUUCUGCCUUGGUUACUGUUGAAUGUACACAAAACAGUAGGUUUUGAAUGUCGUUUAAAGAAUUAAAUUAUAUUUUAUUUUAAUACGGAGAUGUGACUACAUUUUGUAUGAUAGUUGGCGUAGGCGUUGUGGAUACUCGGAAAGACGCAUAUUAUAUGAAUUGGUAGUUUUAUGUUAAUAUUCCUGUAAUGAUAAGUGUAUAUAUAAUUAUUGUAUCAAACUAAUUACGUUGUGACGGGAGGGUUUGUUUUUAAUUGUAAAUUUUAAAAUAAAGAUACAUGAUGCUGAA